GGCUGCUUCUUAAAGGAGCCGCGCCCCCUUUCGGGCCUGCUCUCCGCAGACCACGCCCUUCGCGGGUCACUCUUAAAGGAGCCGCGUCCCUGACUGUCUGACAGCUCUUGUACACAGCCAGGUUCUGUUUCUUUGCUGAAAGCCUGAUGCUUCGGCCGCUAGGAGAUAAAGGCUAGAGAGGGUGAGGAGUGGAGAAGUAGGCAAGGACCUAAGAGAUUAAAGACCCUCAAAAGUGAGGGAGCAUCAGAAGAUUGGGACUAGUUAUAGGAAGGGACUAAUGGGUAGCACUGAGCAUGCCUAAGUGUUUCCAAAGACCGCAGAGAAAACGCUCCCUUACUCGGCCUACACUGCGACUGCGGCGGUACCCGCUCAGUGCCCAGCUCCGGGCACACAGAAGAAUCACACCUCUGCCCUAGAUGAUUUCUCCAGCUGGUGGGGAAAGCAGAUUUGGACACAAAUAACCAUGCCGCAACGGCUGUGUGUGAGGAGCAUGUUAAUCAGAUGUACACAGCGUGCUUUGUGUGUACCGUGGAAAGAUUGACUGCAACUGGGAGGAGAAAAGAAGGCUUCCGGAUGAGAAUAGCAUUGGGACAAGUUUUGAAGAUGGGUAGGGUAUAUACAAACGGAAAUGGGGACAAGGGUGCUCAAAAAAGAGGGAAGGCAUGAAGCAAGAACCCUCCGGGAAGGCUGGAUAGGUGGCCUACAGGUGGCCACAAGUGGCCACAGGUAGCCGACCUUGGAUCUAGGCAGAACUGAGGUCCCUCCCCUACUCCUACAGCCUAUCCAUACCCUCCAUCACAGCAAAUGGAGAUUAUGCUUCCUCCACUAUCUUUCCUGGAAACUGUGAGGUCUAUAUCUACCUAGUGAGGACUCCAGGACUUGACUCUUAAAAUUGAUUGACCUGACAGUCCUGUUUGGAGGAGAGGCAAGACUGAGCAAUGAGACUGUAAAGUUCUUGAGGCCCGAGCUCUGAAAGGUGCUAGAAGCUGAGCCUGUGAGUGUGGUCUGGGACCCCAGAGCCCCCAGCCCACCGCCGCCAUGGUAGGAAAAGGUGCCAAAGGGAUGCUGAAUGGUGCUGUGCCCAGCGAGGCCACCAAGAGGGACCAGAACCUCAAACGGGGCAACUGGGGCAACCAGAUCGAGUUUGUGCUGACGAGCGUGGGCUAUGCCGUGGGCCUGGGCAAUGUCUGGCGCUUCCCAUACCUCUGCUAUCGCAACGGGGGAGGUGCCUUCAUGUUCCCCUACUUCAUCAUGCUGAUCUUCUGCGGGAUCCCGCUCUUCUUCAUGGAGCUGUCCUUUGGCCAGUUUGCAAGUCAGGGCUGCCUUGGGGUCUGGAGGAUCAGCCCCAUGUUCAAAGGUGUGGGCUACGGCAUGAUGGUGGUGUCUACAUACAUUGGCAUCUAUUACAACGUGGUCAUCUGCAUCGCCUUCUACUACUUCUUCUCGUCCAUGACGCCCGUGCUGCCCUGGGCCUACUGCAAUAACCCCUGGAACACACCCGACUGCGCCGGCGUCCUGGAUGCCUCCAACAUCACCAACGGCUCCCGGAAUCCCGCCCUGCCUGGCAACCUCUCCCACGUGCUCAACCACAGCCUCCAGCGGACCAGCCCCAGCGAGGAGUACUGGAGGCUCUAUGUGCUAAAGCUGUCAGAUGACAUCGGAAACUUCGGGGAGGUGCGACUGCCUCUCCUUGGUUGCCUCGGUGUCUCCUGGGUGGUUGUCUUCCUCUGCCUCAUCCGAGGGGUCAAGUCUUCAGGGAAAGUGGUGUACUUUACGGCCACAUUUCCCUACGUGGUGCUGACCAUCCUGUUUGUCCGCGGUGUGACCUUGGAAGGAGCCUUCACCGGCAUCAUGUACUAUGUGACCCCACAGUGGGACAAGAUCCUGGAGGCCAAGGUGUGGGGGGAUGCCGCCUCCCAGAUCUUCUACUCGCUGGGCUGUGCGUGGGGUGGCCUCAUCACCAUGGCUUCCUACAACAAGUUCCAUAACAACUGCUACCGGGACAGCGUCAUCAUCAGCAUCACUAACUGUGCCACCAGCGUCUAUGCCGGCUUUGUCAUCUUCUCCAUCUUGGGCUUCAUGGCCAAUCACCUGGGUGUGGACGUGUCCCGUGUGGCAGACCACGGCCCAGGCCUGGCCUUCGUGGCGUACCCCGAGGCCCUCACACUGCUGCCCAUCUCCCCACUCUGGUCCUUGCUCUUCUUCUUCAUGCUCAUCUUGCUGGGGCUGGGCACUCAGUUCUGCCUCCUAGAGACGCUAGUCACAGCCAUUGUGGAUGAGGUAGGGAAUGAGUGGAUCCUGCAGAAAAAAACUUAUGUGACCUUGGGUGUGGCUGUGGCUGGCUUCCUGCUGGGCAUCCCCCUCACCAGCCAGGCAGGCAUCUACUGGCUGCUGCUGAUGGACAACUAUGCGGCCAGCUUCUCCUUGGUCAUCAUUUCCUGCAUCAUGUGCGUGUCCAUCAUGUACAUCUACGGGCACCGGAACUACUUCCAGGACAUCCAAAUGAUGCUGGGAUUCCCACCGCCCCUCUUCUUCCAGAUCUGCUGGCGCUUUGUCUCCCCAGCUAUCAUCUUUUUCAUUCUCAUCUUCACGGUGAUCCAGUACCAGCCAAUCACCUACAACCACUACCAGUAUCCAGGCUGGGCCGUGGCCAUCGGCUUCCUCAUGGCUCUGUCCUCUGUCAUUUGCAUUCCACUCUACGCCCUGGUCCAGCUCUGCCGCACAGAAGGGGAUACACUCCUCCAGCGUUUGAAAAAUGCCACAAAGCCAAGCAGAGACUGGGGCCCUGCCCUCCUGGAGCAUCGAACUGGGCGCUACGCCCCCACCAUUCCGCCGUCUCCUGAAGAUGGGCUUGAGGUCCAGCCGCUGCACCCGGACAAGGCCCAGAUCCCCAUGGUGGGCAGUAAUGGCUCCAGCCGCCUGCAGGACUCCCGGAUAUGAGCACAGCUGCCGGGGGAGUGCCCUACCCCCGCCCUGUGCUACCACCACAGAGACUGGGGAGGCAGUGGACAAGUGUCACCGCCUGCCCCCACAAUGCCCUGGCCAGGGUGGUUCCUGUCACCUUGGCCACCACUGCUAGCGCGGUCAUUCGUGCUCGUGUCCCUAGUGUUUACAGGUCCUUGGAUGCCAAGAUGGCAGCUGGGGGUGUGGGCAAUGGGAGGGUUGCUGGGGGAAGCCCAAAGCACUUUGAAGGGGGGGAAAUCUCAGGCCAGGUCCCCAGAGACCUGUGGGGCUUUACGUGGCCUCCGAUGCCCUCACAUUUUGCCCUGAGCUGAGGUUCUGGGUGGGCCCCCUACCUGUCCCUUUCCUUGAGCCUUCAGCCUCCUGACCAGUGUUCCUGCCCUCAGAGCAGACCCCCGCCUCUACCCAGGCCAAUUUGGAUCUUCCUUCCUGGGGGCAGGGUAAGGGGCCAGGGGGCUGUGCAGUGUUACGUGUCAGUCUGUGCUGCCCAGCCAUUUGUCUGUGUAAUUAUUUUUGUAAAAACUGUCUUAUCUGUGGUUGCCACCCCUUGCCCCUGGCCUCAGGCCCCAUCCGUCUUCCGGGCCUGCCUGCACCUCACUCGGCUGCUCUGGGCUUUCUGCAUCUCCUGCCAGCCAGCAGAGGCCCAUAACCCCACAGCCUGCCCAAAGCACUCAUUCCUGGGGGGUAGGGGUGGGUGAUGCUCAGCAGGAGGUUGGAGCCCGGAGCCCUGGGGAAGGGGACCCUACCUGACACCCCCUUGCCCUCACUCCACCAGGCUAAAGGCCCAGUCUUUCCAAACUGGGCUGCCCUUGUUAAUGUGCCAAAUGGCCCCAGCCCAUGUGCCCCACCUCCUCUCUGGAGCCAGAGCUCCUUCCCCCAAGCCCUGCAGUGUCUGUCUGUCCUCUGUGCCCCUCUGUGCUGUGACAGCCCCAGAAGAGCCACCUCUAAUCCUCUGUAGCAAUAACGGUGCGCCGCCCACCUUGCCCAUCCGUGCACCACUAGGAUUUUAAAGUCCAUAGAUUUUAAUGAAAUUUCUAUUCCUGUCUCUGA